CAAAUGUUGGCGAGUGGUUAGAACAGUCAAAGGUGUCUAACUCUAAUCUAAAUAAAUGAGAGAAGAAAGAAAAAAGAAAAGAAGAAAAAAAAUGGGAAAGGGAGGCAAAAUAAGACCUGGUACCGAGUGAACCAGCCAAACGCCUUUGCGAUUGACGAUUGAUUUCGAUUUGCGAUUGAAGCAUGAGCGGCGGCGGCGGCGGCAGAGGUAGAGGCAGAACAGCACCAAUGACGAGCGGGAGCUUGACGACGACCAUCACCCUUGAGAACGCGGGCGCAUCGUCAUCGCAAUCGGAAGGUGUGGUGCUGAGGCUGAAUCGGAAGAAGAAGCAGGUGUCGUGGAAGGAAGGGACGGUGGACAACGAGUUCAUGCAGAAGAAGAGCUCCAAAAAGUGCUGCAUCUUCCACAAGCAGAAGCCCUUCGACGAGGACGACAGCGACGAUGACGAACACCAUCACCGCCACGACCGCGAUCACGGUCACGACCAUCAUCCCUCACCUUCUUCUUAAGGCCUUAACAGAAACGCCGUCUGAUCAGUAAUAUUGUGGAUCUGUGACGAUGUUUUGUACUGCGCAUUGGUGUUUGUUAGAAGGAGAAGGGGCUAAUGAAUUAGGUUUAGGUUUUGUGAGUGAUAAAACAAAGAAUUGUAAUGCCCCAAAAUCCCUGUGACAUGUAGUAAUUUGUCAAUGUUGGUUUUCGUCAAUUGAGAAUUGACAUAUGAUGCUGGUGAAUUUCAGUAAUGUUGUUUUUUAA